AUGGAAAGGAUGAACAACAUCUCAGAUCCAAGACGAUUCUUCUGUAUUCGACUUAAUUUGUCAAGUUCUUACAAUGCUGAUUUUGAUGGAGAUGAAAUGAAUGUUCAUUUACCACAAGAUGAAAUUUCACGUUCUGAAGCUUAUAACAUUGUGAAUGCAAAUAAUCAUGAACAGUUCAAUCAACUUCUUUAUGCUUCUGGUGUUUUUAAUGGAGCGUUAUUAAAUCAUCUGACUAGAGGUUAUACGCCUUGUAUUGUUCAUAACAAGGUGAUUCAGUAUACAACAGAAGGGCUUGAAAGAGCUUUGUGCCUCACUCUUCCAAUCUUCCCGCUUACUGCCUAUAUUGUUGAAAAAUUGGCAUGGCAAAAACGUAUUUCAGACCCUGUUAUAAUCACUUUCCAUAUUCUAACAACAACAACUGCAAUUCUAUAUCCAGUUUUCAUGAUUCUGAGAAACAAAGUAAUCGAAGCAUCACUAGCAGAUGCAAUUUCACAAGGCAUGGAAGCCAAAGCUGCUGCAAAACAAGCCCAAAAAGAUGGAGCCAAAGCUGCAAAAAUGGCACCCCGGAAAGCUAAACGGAUCAUUGGCCCGAUUAUUUCUUCUGGGUGGGAUUUCUUUGAAGCCAUUUAUUAUGGAGGAACUGUAACUGAAGGGUUUCUUAAGGGUACAGGAACAUUCUCUAGGACUUAUUUUGCUGGGAUUGGGCUUAUGGUUUAUGAUAUUGCUAAUGGUGUUUAUUUAUUGCUUGGGAUUGGUCAAUUUGAGGAGAAUGUUUGUAUAAUACUCAUACAGGGGAAUUGUCAAGGAACACAACUUAUCCUAGUGCCAACUUCAGCCAUGAUCAACGUUCAGAACCUCAAUCAAGAAACCAUCAAGAUGGAUUGA